CUUUGCUCGAUGCGCGUAUGUGGUUUUAUUUCCUCUGUUGACGAGUCAUUCGAGAAAUAAGAAUCGUCAAGGAGCUUCUCGUCCGGUCGUUAUAAAGACGAAACCCUCGGCUGCGGUUCCCUCCCUUUGGCACCGCCGCAGCUCGCGAUCUCUCUCCUCAUUUAGAGCGUGAGAGAGAACGGAGGAGAAAUCUGUGGUGGUCUCGCGCCGAUCUGGUGGUUGGAGGUACCCUCGGAGGAUCGAGUCAUUUGCUUGCCAUUUUAGGGCAAUUUUCUUGUGGCAGAGAUGGUGGGGAGCGUGGGGAAUGGCUUGAUGGAUCUGUGCGACAAGGGGAAGGUGGAGCCGUUGCCCAAGGAGUUCGAUCCGACGGAUAUCGUUGAGCCGGUGCCGGCGCUGGAUUUGGAGGGAGUCGGAGGGGAGGAGGGGAGCGCGAAGAACAGGGAGAUCGUGCUUGGGAGGAACGUGCACACAAUGUGCUUUACCAUUAAGGAGCCGGAGGUGGAUGAUGAGGUGACCGGGGAAAGGGAAGCUUAUAUGGCCAGUGUUUUGGCGAGGUACCGGAGAUCACUCAUUGAGAGGACCAAGCACCAUUUAGGUUAUCCAUACAAUUUGGAUUUUGAUUAUGGUGCUCUAGCUCAGCUGCAACACUUCUCCAUCAACAACCUUGGUGACCCCUUUAUCGAGAGUAACUACGGUGUCCAUUCCAGGCAGUUUGAAGUCGGGGUGUUGGAUUGGUUUGCUCGCCUCUGGGAAUUGGAAAAGAAUGAAUACUGGGGUUAUAUCACGAACUGUGGUACUGAAGGGAAUUUGCAUGGUAUUCUCGUCGGGAGGGAAGUUUUUCCAGAUGGUAUCUUGUAUGCCUCGAAGGAAUCCCACUACUCAGUUUUCAAAGCCGCACGGAUGUAUAGGAUGGAGUGUGUGAAGGUUGACACUCUGAUCUCUGGGGAAAUUGAUUGCAUCGACUUUAAAGCUAAAUUGCUUCAGAACAAGGAGAGACCGGCCGUUAUCAAUGUCAACAUUGGAACUACUGUAAAGGGAGCAGUUGACGAUCUUGAUAUGGUAAUACAAACCCUUGAAGAAAAUGGCUUUAAGGGUCGAUUCUACAUCCAUUGCGAUGGUGCCCUCUUUGGGCUCAUGAUGCCAUUUGUUAAACGUGCACCUAAAGUGACAUUUAAAAAGCCUAUUGGAAGUGUGAGUGUUUCAGGUCACAAGUUUGUGGGGUGUCCUAUGCCUUGUGGUGUGCAAAUAACAAGAUUGAAGCACAUCAACGUGCUUUCAAGUAACGUAGAAUAUCUUGCUUCCAGGGACGCCACCAUCAUGGGGAGCCGAAACGGUCAUGCUCCAAUCUUUCUCUGGUACACCCUGAACAGAAAAGGUUAUAGAGGUUUUCAGAAGGAAGUUCAGAAGUGCUUAAGAAAUGCACACUAUUUAAAAGACCGUCUGAAAGAAGCAGGAAUUGGUGCGAUGCUUAACGAGCUCAGUAGCACCGUGGUGUUUGAGAGGCCAAAAGAUGAUGAGUUUGUCCGGCGGUGGCAACUUGCUUGCGAGGGAAACAUCACACAUGUUGUGGUUAUGCCUAACGUCAACAUCGAUAAACUCGAUAGUUUCUUGGAAGAACUAUUUCAGAAACGCUCAUGCUGGUACCAGGACGGAAAGAUGCCACCUCCCUGUAUCGCUGCGGAUAUAGGCCAGGAGAAUUGUUUCUGUGUUCUGCACAAGAAAUAAUGUUUUCUUGUACUAGGUCCUUCGAGAUUGUUAUUUGAUUCGAUGAACUUUUAAGUUUUUGGUUGCUUAUCGUAGCCAGAGUAACAAUCGACUAUCGUCCUUAUAUGAUUUGCUUUUAUGUUGUA